AUGGCACCCGGUGAAGGAGGCUACCGCCAAAUCAACAAGGCUCUCAACAUUUGUGCCUUUGAAGAUUAUUUGGAAAGCCAGCAGAAAGUUUUACCCAAAAUAUUCGAUGUAGAGCAGAUUACUCCGCGAGUCCUUCGAGUGCUCGGUCAAAAUCCAGGGAAGUUUACUUUACAAGGGACAAACACAUUCAUCGUCGGCACUGGUCCGGAGCGCCUCAUCAUUGACACAGGCCAGGGUAUUCCAGAUUGGGCAGAUCUCAUCGAGCAAACUCUCACUAACAACGGAAUUUCACUAUCCCAUGUACUUCUUACUCAUUGGCAUGGCGACCACACAGGUGGUGUUCCUGACUUGAUUCGCAUGUACCCGAAUCUUGCUUCAUCAAUCUACAAACACACACCGAGCAAAACUCAGCAGCCUAUCACAGACGGGCAAAUCUUCAAGGUUGAAGGCGCCACAGUCCGCGCAGUGCAUACUCCAGGCCACUCCAGCGACCAUAUGUGCUUCAUCCUUGAAGAAGAGCAGGCCAUGUUCACGGGAGACAACAUACUUGGUCACGGCACCUCUGCCGUGGAGCAUCUCAGCACGUGGAUGGAUACUUUACGGAAGAUGCAGUCAGAAAACUGCGUUAAGGGCUACCCUGCUCACGGCAUCGUAAUCGCCGACCUGCGCGCCAAGAUUGCUGGCGAGCUGGCGCAAAAACUGCGGCGCGAGCAACAGGUAUUGAAGGCGCUGGUGCAGGCUAAGCACGAUGCAAGUCUUGAUCAAGGACGUGGUAAGGGUAGUGCCACGGUCAAAGAGCUAGUGGCGACCAUUUACGGCAAUGGGGUGGACUCAGCGGUCAGAGAGUUGGCGCUUGAACCCUUCAUGGAUGAAGUCCUAAGAAAAUUGGCUGAAGAUGGCGUCGUUGCAUUUGAGAUGAGGAGAGGAGUGAAGAAGUGGUUUGCCAUUGAGGCAAUCUAG